GCUCGCUUGACUCAAUACUGUUUAGAAGCUCGUUUGCAAGUCUCCUUUUGGCCAGCGCCUUGAGGCAAGGUGACCUAUCAGGUACACACACACACACCUGCAAUUUUAUACCUGACCUGACCCGGCUGUCUGCAGGCUGUAAUAACCAGCAGCGUGGAACCCUAACCCUCACCUUCAAGCCCUCAUGCAGAACAACGGCAAGUCUUUCCUCACAGCAUGACAGGUGCUUGAGUUUUAAGUUAAAUUUGAGCUUCAGCAGCCAGUGGCGGUCACAGCCAUGGUAGAGGGGAAACCAUAUCGGUACGGGCUGAUAGUGGCGGGUCUGUGCGUGGCGGCAGUCGGCCUCUUCAUCAUGACUCAAGAGCGGCCGCACAUCUAUGCCACAAUAUGCGUCCUGGGUGUCGGCAUGGUGUGUGUCGGGACUGUGUGGAGCCUCUGCCAGUGCUAUCCCAAGGUCAUUUUGGCUCCUGAGAUUCAGGAGAAAAGUCUAGAGGAUCUAGUGUGUGCUACAGCUCAAGCAAAAGAUGAAAGGCCUGCUGAGACUCUGCCAGGUUUCUGUGGCCAAAAGUGGAGUAGCAGCAGACUUCUUCCCGAAGCCCUGAAGAGUCAGUGUCACAGCUGUCCCACGCUGCACCUGGUCUGAGGGAGUGACGCCAUCAUCAGAGGACUUGGUCCAAUCAGCACACUCCACCACACUGCUCUCAGGACAGGGAAAAUAUCCUCUAAUUUUUCUGGUCUUUUACUUAAUGACAGCACACAUGGUGCUGUUUGAAUGUGUUUUUAUGGAAGUGACUGAUAGUGUAAUACUUUACUUUGUGUCAGUGUUAAGUUAAUAAAGCUGAAUGUGUA